CGCAUUCCUCCUCUCCGUUGACACUCUGAUUCUUUGCUUUGGAAAACAAAAGAAAAAUGUAUCGAAGUCGAUUGCUUUGGUUCACGCUGGGGUUCUCACUCACGGCUGCUUCAAUCUCUCAGUUCAUCUAUAAAGACCUCUGGACUGACCGUUAUGCGCUUAAAUCUGAUAUGAAGCAGAAAUUUGAUUCACUAGAGGCCAGAGUGUUGAACCUUGAAUCGCUUCCUCCGGAGAACCCAAAUUCUGCUCAGGUUGAAGGGGAUUAAUCACUAUGGACGCAUCCUUAAAAGCACCAGCCAUGAACUUUGGGAGAGUUCAGUGAACAGACUGAAGUCUAAAUAAGUAGGAUGGCUGCUAGAAACCUUUUGAGUCUUAAGCCUAUUUCCAUCUCUAUCAUUUGAGCCAUGCAAAGAAUGCAAUCCUGGACAAUUUAUUGCUUGAUUUAUGAUUUAUUGUACAAAUUGGGAAGGGGUUGGCGGCAAAGCCAAGCCCAUCACUCAAGCAAAAUGGAUGAAUUCGAAAUAUCUUCUAAGACAAUUGGCAGGAAAGAUAUAUUGCAGUA